CUUCACAUGUGUCACAAAGAGAAGCCGGUCUAACAGGAGAGAGUCUGAGCCUGCUGAUUAGACACUCCUAGCUAUCACCCUGAAGACCUUGUUUAAUGCAGCAUAUAGAACAAGGACCCGUCUGAACAGAUACUCAAUUCCUCCACUGGAGAAUCGGGUACACAAGUGUUUCUAACUUGAGUCCAAACUGAAUUCCCAUGUGGGUGGUAGAGAAGAUCAGAGUGUCCGUCGAAAGGACCAACUUGCCACUUUCCGUAACGGAAUACAGCUUCAAAAUCGGAGACAUCAUGUUUGGAGACAAGUCAUCCAUUGAGAAAGCCAAGAAAGUCUUGCUGUGUCCAAACAUCAUUACCCCGGACACCAUCCCAGAGUUCUGCAUUCCCCCCAAGAUCUCAAGCCCAGUGGAGGGCAAGAGUAUUGAGCAGGGGAGGCCGACUCCAUGCAUCCGAGUGUCUCCAUGUGAGAAGGGAAGUCCAAAGAGAGAGGUCAAUAACCGAGAGCUACACAAUAACCAUAUCAUCCAGGUGGAGAGUGUUGACGAUGGACCAUAUGACAAUGGGUGUAGUGAUGAGGAAACCACCAAUGCUGAUCCUCAAAGCCAGGCUGCACUUUCCCUGCCUCACUUAGCUAAAGCUCAAACCUGCUAUGGCUUCUGCACCUUGCUGGAAAGUCCCCACACCAGAAGAAAGGAGUCCCUCUUCCACAAUGACCCAAACUCCACUGGAAUCCCCUUGGUUCUUCCCCGGAGUAGAUCAAACACUUGCUCCAAAUCUUCUAUGCCAUCUUCCCCCCUCCUGCCAUCUUCAAGCUCCCAUUCUUCCUUUAGCCUGAAUGCUCUUACUUCCAGACUUUCUCCAAAAGGUUUCACCCUGCACCGACAGGGAACUCUGGAUAGCGAUACUACCUCCUCGGCAGAAUCCUCCCCCUUCAGUUCUCCUCUAUUUAACAGAUGCCCACCAAAGUCUUCUCUCCUCAAAGCACUUAGCCAUGAGAAAAUCCUCUACCGCAACCUCCGGAAGGCUGCCAUGUCCAGAAACAAUUCCUUAUCGACGGACGAGAGCAGCUCCACGGACAACAGCCCCAACAUCAUGAGGAGAGCAUCUGACGGCCUUGUAGAACCUCUCCAGUGUGGUUUCAGCUUGGCACCUCCGGCUAUCUUCCCCAUGGACUUGGUUCUGCACCGGGAGAGGGUGAUGAAAGAGAAUUUGGUGCCUGUUGGAAGGGAUGGGACCUUGCGGUUGUCAGCAGAGUACUGCCCUGAAAACCAGAGACUGCGUGUCCGCCUCAUUAGCGCAGAAGGCCUGUAUGCUCUGUCUGUGGACCCUAAAAGCAUUAACUGCAGCGUUAGCCUCUCUCUCAUGCCCGGAAAAGUCCAGAAACAGCGCAGCACGGUCAUCAGGAAGAGCCGCAAUCCAAUCUUCAAUGAGGACUUUUUCUUUGAUGGUAUAUCGGAAGAUGAUCUCUGCCAGAGGACACUUCGAUUCAAAGUCGUAAACAAGAUGUCCACAAUGAAAAGAGACUAUAUUCUGGGCAACUGUGAUCUUCCUCUCACAAGCAUUGUCACAUUAUAAAUCCCAAUGUAUUUGUAUGUAUUAUAUUAAGUUUUAUUUAUUGCCAAAUCUCUUUAUCUGCCAAAGACUUGUUUUUUAUUAAACAACAAAAACUA